UAUCACAAGAACUCUCUAAUAUCUUCACAAGGUUUCAUAUCCUGGUUUGUCGUUUUAGUUGUUGUGGGCUCGUGUGUGAGAUAUUUGAAGAAGGUUCCAGGAAGGGCAAUAGAUUAAUUAUCAAUAAAUUUGGUUACCCAGGCUAUGGAUGUGUGAGUGAACUAUAAAUAUAUAGUUUUUCUCGUACAGUGUUUAAUAAUUUCAAGAAUCUCUUAACAUUUCAUUAUUGAUUUCUUGAUUAAUCGCCUUUCUUAAUUUUCUCAUCUCUCCUCUCCUUUUUUAUAUUGCCUUCUCUUCUUGUUCUAUUCGCUCCUCAGAACUCUCAAAGGCUACCUAGCUUUCUACUUCUUUUUCUCUCAAAGUUGGUGUAAAGAUGCAGAUGGAUUCUUGCAUGCUUAAAGUUUUAUUGAUCUUGGGUCUCUUGGCCGCUUCUUGCACGGCACAGGCACCAGGAGCUUCACCAACUCCAGCACCAAAAGCAGCACCAACUCCUGCCCCAAAAGCAGCACCAACUCCUGCACCAAAUCCGGCACCAAAAGCAGCACCAACUCCAUCGCCAACGGCUACGCCAACUCCAUCACCAACACCCACUGCAACACCAACACCAUCUCCUUCUCCAUCAUCUACUGCUCCUACCCCAUCUCCAACAAAAGUUCCAUCUCCUUCACCACUUUCUCCUCCAUCUCCGUCUCCAACUUCCCCUACCCCCUCCCCCCCUGCACCAUCAGCCCCUUCGCCUAAUUCAUCGAUGACUCCUGCUCCUCCACCUCCUGGAAACUUCGCUGCUGCCAAGGUUGAUAGAGUUAUCCUCGCUGGAACUGUACUUGCAGGAACUUUCUUGGCCUUUACUUUGGCCUAGGAAGUGGUUUGAAGUUGCAUCAUCAUCUUAAAUUAGAUUCAUGGAGCUGGGUCGAUGAGAUCUGUUAUUUCUGUUAUUUGUUGGUUGACUGUCAGUGGUUUCUUUCUUUCUUCUGAUACUUAUUGUUUCUUCUUCUUCUUCUUCUUCUUCUUCUUCUUCUUCUUCCUCUCCUUGUGAUUGUUCAUUAUUUGUAUAUUGAAUUUUGGACGGUGAUUAUUUGGUGAGCUGCUGUGCUUUGCACAUGAAUGGUCUGAUGAUGGGCAUGAGGAGAAUAUGGUAAUUUAAACUCCUAAUUAAUAAUUGAUGUGUCUGUAUAAAUUAAUGGUGAAAAUUCAUAAUUCAUUGGCAUAUGGUUUCCCUGUGAA